AUGGUUCAGCAACUUUCUCUUUCUAAUGAGGAAGAAGUGGCUCUCGCGCAGAUUUCCGGGUAUCGCUUCAAAAACAAAAGAUUGCUCGAAACUGCCAUCCAAUCGAGAGGCUCGAAUUUCCUUUGGCAGGGAAACGAGAGACUGUCAGUCGUUGGACAGACCACAUUGACCAUGUGCAUCGAGUUAAUUGGCUGUGCCACUGGCCGCGACAAGGGUGAGCAGCCCACAAUUACUGAUAUCGGAAUGGAUACGUCGAGACAGGAAUUGGCCUCCCGAGAGAGACUUAUACAAUUGGGACGGACCCUCGGCCUGGCGAAAUUUAUACGCCUCGGAAAUUCGUGCCCGGGAACAGUCGCACCGAGACAAAUGCUGUCGGCUGUGCAGGCGCUCAUAGCGGCCAUCUACCUGGACAGCAGUAUGGACCUUCAACAAACCAUGCACGCCCUGAAUCACAUGGGCUUGAUUUCGGGGACCUACGAUCAGGUCCUGCGUUAUGGCGAGUAG